UUCAUGCUGUCAGCAAUGGCACCACAUGGAAGAAAAAUGUCACAAGGCCUGAGAAAGAAAAACAUUUCUUUACACAAGAAAGGUGAAGGCUACAAGCAGUUCAGCAAAGCUUUACUUAUCAGUCAGAAUACUGUAGCAAAAGUGAUACAAAAAUGUAACAAAGAAGGAACUGCAACCAUCUCACAGAGAUGUUCAGGCUGUCCAUGGAAGUUAACACCCUAACAGGAGCGUCUUCUGAUGAGAAGGGUUUAAGAAAAUCACCAUGCAAGUUUGCUGCAGUUAAAGAAGUAGGAAGCCAAACUGGGGUGAUUGUGUCCCGUUACACAAUAUGGCAUACACUGCAAAGGAAUGGCAUACAUGGGUGUCGUACAUGA